ACACACAGGGGCUGAGCUGAAGAGUGAAACAUGAGUGCGCGUUUGGAUCAGUGACGGUGUUUUUGCUCUUUAGAAUAAAAGCGCGUCUUUUGUGCUCCAACCGCCGCCUGCGCGCAGCCUGCCAUGCAGCCCCACCCCUGCUUCUCUUCUGCCCGACUCCCUCAGGAUAUUUUUAGCGCUGAUGAUGUGCCCUGUCAAAUCACGUAACGGAAACAACCUCAGAGCUAAAAAAGCAGAGCCGCCGCGGAGAGCCCGCUCCGGUGCCUUUUUAUUUUUUCCCAUAGUGAUGUGCAGAGUGAAGGCCGCGAAUGAGAUGAAAUUUGAAAUCAAUUUAGUGUUUUGCGUGUUGGUGCUUCUUACCGGCUCAUCGCAGACAAGAGGUCAGAGCAGUGCUUUGCCUCCUGAGCUCACCCUGGCUGCCCUCCCGAGUCAUGCUGGGAGCUCAGCAUCUCCUGACUUGUCAGAGGAUCCUGGCAAUGAGGUCCCACAGCCGACACAUAAUCCCGCAGGCAGGGAUGAAACCUCAUCUCUGACCACUACCAUCACCAAGACAGAAGGGAUGGUUCAUUCAGAGACUGCGACAAAUGUGGUAUAUAAUACAUACUUGUUGACCACAAGCUCUGCAGUGACUACAUCUCAGCACGUACCUGCCGAUACUCCUUCACCAUCAGCUGCUGCAGACGGCCUUUCAUCCCCACCGACUGUACAGAGCACCACCCCCCUGCAACACCUCUCAACCACUGAAGGCGGGGGCCUUCUGACCAGAGAUCCCCUCACCACCUUUUCAUCUCUGCCAGCUCACACGGUGCACACCUCCACCAUCCAGCCGCAGUCUGACUCACUGACCACAGCCACCGCACAGCCCACAACCACGGGACACCCUCUGACCUCAGCACUGGUCCGGGGUCCGACACACCAGGAGGUCCCAUCUGAGCUUAAUGUUGGAGAUGAAGACCUGAAGAGACCUCGCUCAAGCUCCCCUCUAGACCCCCUGCUGGCUGGUCUGCUGUCAGUGUUCAUUGUCACCACAGCUAUCGUCUUCGUCAUCCUCUUCCUCAAGUUCCGCCAGCGGACAAACCACCCAGAGUUCCAUCGGCUGCAGGAUUUACCCAUGGAUGAUUUGAUGGAGGACACGCCACUAUCCAGAUACGCCUACUGAGGGAAGCAUCCAGUCAGUCACUCCUCAGAGAACAGAAGCAAAGCAGACACCCAAAGACCAGUGUGGUUCUGAGAAAAGCAUUUGCAAGGAUGCAGCUGCAUCUCAAGAUGAGUCCCCUCUUGUGAGUUUUGGGUCAGUGGUAAAAAUGUUUAUCAGCGGUUUCAUGAGAAAGUCUUUUAGAUGGAAGGUUUCAAAAGUUUUCCACAUUCCCUUUAAGCUUCCAGAGAUCUUUGGAAACUUUGUUUAAUUUCUCUCCUGAGGCCCCGUGCACCCCUGACUGACUCCUCAUGUAUGCACAGCACUUUAAACUGACACGAAUGGUCAUAGUGCCCUCUAGGGGACAACUGAGGUAAUGUGGAUCAAGGUUCCAUGAAGUCCUCCAAUUAUAUUACACACAACCUCAGGUUACCUGAAUAGAAACCACCAAUAGGUGGGAGACAGAAUGAGGACAAGUGCUUCAAGUUGGAAAGUUGCCAAUAUGCCUAAACUGAUAAAGGAAUAUAAAUUAUGAUCCCUUAGAUGACCAAAUAUUAGUGAAGUGCACUUUCAAAACAAAUUGCCAGGUAGCACAUGUUGUCUUAAAACAGAGCUGUUGCAGAAAAUCAACACAUACACCAGAGGCAAGCGAUUUCACAAUUCAAAAGCCAUAUCUUGGGAAAAACAGACACACCAAUUCUCUUAUAAUCGAAGCCGCUUUUCAUUCAGUUGUUCAAAUUUAUUAACCCCAAAUUGUGUGUGGAAAAUGUUUAUUGUUGCAGCAUUGUACUGUGUAGUUACACGUGUUAUGGAACCUGUCUAAUGCUGGUAUACAAAACUUGAAUUUGGUUAUUCUGUUUUUAAUGAUGAAUGUUUAAUCCACCAGUGCACAGUGGGAAGAGACCUCGCUACACUAAAUAAACACUUUAAUAUGAGUAAAUUGUCAAGGUAAAACACACUAGUAUCGUUAAAUGUGUCGUAAAAUUCAUAUUUAGAAAGAAUGUAUUUGUUUCUGCACAAGGUGUUACUUCAAAAGCUUGAAGUGGAGACAAUGAGAAGAGGCACGUGGCAGUUUUAGAUUGUUGUUACCUUUAUCUGUAUUAGCUGGAGUAUUAUGCAAAUGUGCUGGAAGUUUUUACCUAGUGUGUUCCGAGUUACAGUGACGUAUGAUAAUGACAUUGAAAUGUGGACUGUAAGAAUUUAUUGAUAUAAAGGAUCUCCUAUUUGAUAAUAAAACAGAAACCACAAGCCCCUUGUCUCACAUGCUUUGAGGGUGGAGCCAUGCUACACUACAGUAUGUAGGUGGUGCUAAAGAGUUUUGCUGAGCCAUUGUAUGUACAAAAUGUCAUUUGUAGUGGGUUUACAGGCCAGCAGCUCUGCAAAUAUACAGCAUACAGUUAAUCAAUCUGCCUUGAUUAGGGACAUGGACUUUGAACCAUCACUCAGCUUUGAACUGAAAAGAAAGCCACUCCUUUAAACACACACACAGUUGUUAAAUGACUCACAUUCAAACAUAGUUGUCAAAAGUCAUUUCCCAAUAAAAACACAACAAUAUUUCUAAUGAAUAUAUAACAUUUAAUAUCUGCAUGAUAAAUGCCAAAACCCUGUUUUCAGUAUGAGCAACAACAACACAAGAUAAUCAUCAUGACAUGUAGUUUUUUUGUACUUGACUACAGCAAUAUGUUUGACAACCUUAUUAAGGCGUUCAUCAAUGUACAAAAA